AUGAGUAACGUGGAGGAAGCGCCGACGGGGUUCCCGCAGGAGGAGGAGGAAGCGCUCCGCGGGGACGAAGACGUGGCCGAUAUUGUGAAGGUGGAGACCUUCCGUGACAACCUUGCGCCGCUGAGCGAGGUGAAGCGCUUCGGCAUCGUCUCGGUGGCCGUGUUCGGCAGCAUUGCGGCCUCCUUUGCGCACUUCUUUAACCUCUUCAGCGGGGAGCUCGAGAAGAAGUACGGACUAACGCAGAAGGAUCUGUCAACCGUCGGCACGGUGGGUACCGUCUUUUGUUUUUUCACGCUCCCGUACGGGUUUGUGUACGACUACUUCGGCCCCAUACCCAUCUUUGGCAUUGCGACGGUGUUCUUUCCGAUCGGAGCUCUCCUGCUGGCGUUGUCGUUCAACGGGUUCGUCUACGCCACGGUGGUGCGCCUCAGCGUGUUCAACGCCAUCCUAAACAUUGGCACCAUCAUGUUUGACAUCGGCAUUCAAAUGACGAUGCUCAGCUUAUUUCCAUCCAGCCGGGGCGGCAUUGUGGCAAUUGCGAAGUCGUUCAAUGGGUUGGGCUCCCCGAUUGUUGCGGCGAUUCAGCUCGCCUUCUUUAAUGGGCGCCCGGACCAUUUCUUCUACUUCCUGAUGGCGCUCGUGGUUGUGAUUGCCGUGACAUGCAUGUUCGUCGUCCGUCUGCCCCCCUACCACCUGACCGGCUACCAGCAGACGCACCUGAGCGAGGAGGAGAAGCAGCGUCGCCUCACCACCCGGGCGCAGUAUCUGCGCCAGAAGACGCCUAUUCCCCGCUUCGCCGUUGGGCUCUUCUUUGUGAUUGUGCUCAUUGUGUUUAUGCCGCUGGAGGGGGCACUCGUGGUCUCCUACGACCUUGGGAAGCGCUACAGGGUGGCGUUUGCGGUCGUCGCCAUUGUGCUGGUCUUGCUGAAUUGCACGCUCAUGCCACUUCCACUGAAGAUCCUCGAACGGGAGUGGUGGUCGCGGCGGCGCCAACGCGACGCCGAGGCGCCGACGCAGGACCCCCAAAAAGAGAGGCUCUCAAACGAAACUCCUGAGAGGUUAACGGAGGAUGAAAGUUCAGAGAAAAAGUCCACGGCGGGCGUGGAGACCGACGUAGACUACAUUGCACCGCAGUACCAGACGACCUUCCUGCAAAGUGCCUGCACGCUGAGGCUGUGGGCCGUACUGUGGUCGCUGUUCGCCACAGUGGGCGCUGAGACUGUCCUGAUGCUCAACGCAAGUUACAUCUUUGCCGCACUCUCCGGUGAGAAGGUCUCCCCGUCAUUGAGAACACUGCUGACUGUGCUAGACGGCGUUGGCAGCGCGGUUGGGCGUCUGAUGAUGAGCGGGUUUGAAAUGUGGUCGCAGAAGAAGAAGCCGGAGGACCGCAUUCCCAUGACGAUGGCCCUCUUCAUCCCGGCCUCCGUCAUGGUCGUGGCGCUGGUGCUCAUCCUCAGCGUGCCAAAAGCCGCCCUUCCGCUGCCGUACGUUUUGGGCGCGCUGGCCAACGGGAUACGCGCCGGUGUGGUUGUCUUGAUGAUGCGCACCAUCUACGCCAGGGACGUCGCCAAGCACUACAACUUCUGUUUUCUGUCGACGGUGUUUGCGACGAUUCUGUUGAACCGGUUCACCUACGGCGAGUGGUACACCCGUGAGGCGGACAAGCUUGGCACCAGGGUCUGCUACGAACGCCGCUGCGUCGUGAUGCCGCUGGCGCUGAUGCUGGGCAUCAACUGCACCGCCUUCAUCUCCAGCGUGUACGUGCACCUCUCGUACCGCAGCUUCAGCCGCAAGACCCUGGCGGAGCGACGUCGCAUCAAGGAAGCGGCUGCACGACCAACCGCCGUCGCGCCGGACGGCCAGGCAGUGGCUGCCAACCCGUUACAACCUUCUCUCCCCUUCCCUUCCACUGCCUUGUCUCCGUGA